AUGGACUAUGUCGACCCCAUUUCAAUUACACAAAAGGUGAUUUCGGGCGUCUAUCAAGGCGUCACGACCGUCGAGCUGGACAACUUGGCUGCCGAGACAUGCGCCUACAUGACCACCCGACAUCCAGACUAUGCCGUACUGGCAGCCCGUAUCGCGAUUUCCAACCUGCACAAGGAAACCAAAAAGGUGUUUUCGCAAGUGAUCGAUGACUUGUUCACCUACAUCAACCCCAAGACCGACAAGCACUCGCCCAUGAUUUCGGAAAAGACACACAAGAUCAUCAUGGACAACUCGGAACGACUCAACUCGGCCAUCAUCUAUGACCGUGACUAUGGCUACAACUUUUUCGGUUUCAAGACCCUGGAGCGCUCUUAUUUGCUCAAAAUCAAUGGCAAGAUUGCCGAACGACCACAACACAUGUUGAUGCGUGUCGCUGUCGGUAUCCAUGGUGAAGACAUUGAGGCUGUCAUUGAAACGUACAACUUGAUGUCGGCCCGUCAUUUCACCCACGCUAGUCCUACCUUGUUCAAUGCUGGUACCCCUCGUCCCCAACUGUCCUCGUGUUUCUUGUUGACCAUGAAGGAAGACUCGAUCGAAGGUAUCUACGAAACCUUGAAGAUCUGCUCCCAAAUUUCCAAGACCGCCGGUGGUAUUGGCUUGAACAUUCAUCAGAUCCGUGCCUCCGGAUCUUACAUUGCCGGUACCAACGGUUACUCCAACGGUAUCGUCCCCAUGUUGCGCGUUUACAACAAUACAGCACGUUAUGUCGAUCAGGGCGGUAACAAGCGUCCAGGUGCCUUUGCUAUCUAUUUGGAACCCUGGCACCCCGAUGUGUUUGAUUUCUUGGAUUUGCGUAAGAAUACCGGCAAGGAAGAGAACCGUGCCAGAGAUUUGUUCUAUGCCUUAUGGAUCCCCGAUCUGUUCAUGCAGCGUGUCGAAGACAACGGUGAUUGGUCGCUGUUCUGUCCUAGUGAAGCUCCUGGCUUACAUGAAGUCUGGGGUGAAAAGUUCGAGGAAUUAUAUCACAAAUAUGAAAGCGAAGGCCGUGCACGCAAGACUAUCAAGGCUCAAAAGUUAUGGUACGCCAUUUUGGAAGCCCAGACUGAAACCGGUGGUCCGUUCAUGCUGUACAAGGAUGCAUGCAACCGCAAAUCCAACCAACAGAACCUCGGUACCAUCAAGUGCAGCAACCUGUGUACCGAAAUUGUCGAAUACUCGAGCCCUGAUGAGGUUGCUGUGUGUAACUUGGCCAGUAUUGCUUUGCCAAGCUUUGUUGUCAACCGUGAGCGUUACGAUUUCCAAAAGUUGCACGACGUCACCAAGGUGAUUGCACGAAACCUUAACAAGAUCAUUGACGUCAACUACUACCCUGUACCUGAAGCAAAGCGAUCCAACAUGCGCCACCGACCUAUUGGCCUGGGUGUCCAGGGUCUUGCCGAUGCAUUCAUGCUGAUGCGCUAUCCAUUCGAUUCCCCUGAAGCCCAAAAAUUGAACUUACAGAUCUUUGAAACCAUCUAUCAUGCUGCGUUAGAAGCUUCAUGCGAACUAGCUGUUGAACAAGGCACAUACGAAACUUACGAGGGCAGUCCUGCAUCCAAGGGCACAUUGCAAUACGAUUUCUGGGGAGUGACGCCUACCGAUCUGUGGGACUGGGCUGGCUUGAAGGAAAAGAUCGCCAAGCACGGUCUUCGCAACUCAUUGUUGGUUGCACCCAUGCCAACGGCUUCCACGUCCCAGAUCUUGGGUUACAACGAAUGCUUUGAACCUUACACAUCUAACCUCUACACCCGUCGUGUCCUUGCCGGUGAAUUCCAAAUUGUCAAUCCAUGGCUGCUCAAGGAUCUGGUCGAGCUUGGUCUGUGGGACGACGAUGUCAAAAACAUGAUCAUGUCCGAUAGUGGAUCCAUUCAACGCAUUCCUCAUAUUCCUGAACAUCUAAAGGCGCUUUACAAGACCGUCUGGGAGCUGCGCCAGCGUACCAUCAUCGAUAUGGCUGCUGAUCGUGGUGCUUUCAUUGACCAGAGCCAGAGUUUGAACAUUUUCAUUGGCGAGCCCAACUUUGGCAAGUUGACGAGUAUGCACUUUUAUGGUUGGAAGAAGGGAUUAAAGACUGGCAUGUACUAUUUGCGCACGCGCCCUGCAGUCGACGCCAUCAAGUUCACUGUCGAUCAGUUGUCAUUGAAGGAAUACCGCGAUAGAAAGGCUCAAGAGAACGAUAACGAGGCUGACAUGGUCUGCUCUCUUGAGAACAAGGAUGCUUGCGUCAGCUGCAGCGGUUAA